GUUAGGGCAUUCCUGGCAGCAGUGGCACGACUCGACAAGUCACUGUCACCUUCACUCACCCUCUCAAGACUAUGGAGUCACCCCUUCACCUGGUCAGACUCCAUCUACCUCUUCCACAUCGCCUACUUCACCUUCUGGCUCACCAUCAUGGGCUCUCCCCCAUUCCCUUACAAACUCGCCAUACCCAUUCUACACAUCACAUGUCUCCUCAUCCCCUUCACAUCUCAGUUCUUCCUACCCGCUACACCCAUCUUUGCCUACCUCAUCACAUUCUACACCUCUCGGUUCAUCCCAGCCUCAUGGCGACCCGCCAUCUUCGUCUCCCUCUUACCCACCCUCGAAUCCGUCCUCUACGGCGCAAACAUCUCCGACAUCCUAACCCGCUUCACCCACCCCUCCCUAGACAUCAUCGCCUGGCUCCCCUACGGCGUAGGGCACUUCACAAUCCCCUUCGUCGUCGCCGCCUUCCUCUGGCUCUUCCGCACCAAACAAGCACUCCACUUCUGGGCCCGCGCAUUCGGAUACAUGAACAUGGUCGGCGUCAUCAUCCAAAUCCUCCUCCCAUGCUCCGCACCAUGGUACGAGCUCAUCCACGGCCUCACUCCAGCAAACUACUCCAUGAAAGGCUCCCCAGGCGGUCUAGCCCGCAUCGACGCCCUCUUCCACUCCCACGCAUACACCGUCACUUUCACAAACGCACCCAUCCCAUUCGGCGCGUUCCCCUCUUUACACGCAGGCUGCGCGACCAUCGAAGCCCUCUUCCUAUCCCACUUUUUCCCAGCCACUACAAAAUACGUGUGGGCUUACACGGGCGUGUUGUAUUGGGCUACGAUGUACCUAUCACAUCACUACCUCAUUGACGUCGUAGGCGGCGCGUGCCUAGCCACUGCCUUCUUCUACCUAUUCCUCCCGGAC